AACGGCUGCUGCCAGGCCCAGAGUGGUGCAAUCGCACUCAGGGUGCCAGGGGCAUCUCCGGAUCUCCUCUAACUUUUUACAAUAUAACAGAUUUGCCACCGCAGUAUAUGAAUUUCAAUUUCGUGACGCUGAACAAGAAGUACAGCGCCAACCUCAGCGACACCAACUCUUCUAGUUACAUCGCCCUGAACGGCGCCUACACCAGCGAGCUGACGAAGAUUUUAAGCCAAAAAUAUCCAAAUACUUUUGUGGGAAUCACGAACACCUUCAGGAAUGAGAAUGGGAUGGUGGCCGUGCAGUCGAAUGCCUCCUUCUACACCGUCACCUCCGUCGUUCCAUCCGACGUUUUUGAACUCAUAAAGAAUGACUUAGAUACAUCCUCUACACUGAAGAACACGGAUAUUAUUGUAAACUCAACAUCGAUCACAAUAGACGGGACAAGACCGUACAAACCCGUGGCGAUCUCAUUUGAGGUCAUCAACAAAGGUUUCACGGAUUCACUGCAGAACAGAACCAGCAAGGACUACGCUGACCUGAACGCGCUCGUUUCCGCAGAGAUUAGGAAAGUCCUCCUGACGAAGUACAACAGCUCCGAUCUCCUGUUUGUCAGCACCUCCUUCACGAAUGAAAACGGCCGCUUGAAAGUGAACACUGAUGCCAUCUUCAAGGAAAACUCAGCGAUCGUAGCGUCCGAUGUCAUGACGCUCCUGUUCCAGGACACUAAUGUCGCGACCUUGGAGCUGGGCGCCACCGGGUUGGUCGUGGAUGAACAGACCUACCAGGUGGAUGGUACCAAGCCUUACACAACCAAAGAGAUAUCAUUUGAUAUCACCAACAAAGACUUCACAUCCAGCUUGAAGGACAAAACCAGCAAGAAUUAUACCGACCUCAACGGCGUCGUUUCCAAAGAGAUUACAAGAAUUAUUGCCCAACAGUACAAAAACUCCAAUCUGCAAUUUGUCAGCGUCUCCUUCACGAAUGAAAGUGGCCACGUGAAGGUCAAUGCCAAUGUAAUCUCAAAAGACAAUGUCAACAUUAAAGAUAAUGAUAUCUUGAUGCUUUUGGUCAAGGACAUUAACACCUCCAUGUUACUCGGCUCCACUGGCUUGGUCGUGGAUGAACGGACCGUCGCUGUGGCCGGUGUCCACGCUAUCUUUCAGGAAAUGAACGUAACCAUGAGAAUAAUCAACUUCGACUACAAUGAUGAGCUCCUCGACGUUCAAAGUUUAUAUUAUAAAUCUCUAUCAAGAAAAAUAAUUGAUGGGCUUGGAAAAAUUGUUUCAGGUCAAUAUGCUGACACUUUUCGAAGGGUCUCCAUUGCAAAAUAUUCGAAAGGAUCGGUGAUUGCCAAGUCAACCGUCCAGUUUUUGAUGACGGCGCCCACAGAUAUGAAUUUGCUGACAUCUGUCCUGAACAACGUGGACUCCAGCAGCUUUCUGAAAGACACAAACCUGCAACUGGAUCGGCAGUCCAUCAUCGUUAAUGGCACACAAGUGCCAAGCUCAUCAUCUUCAGCUGUAUGCAACCCUUCCUUCAUGCGCUGCCAGUCGGUGCCUCCCUACGGCAUCGCAAUCAUCGUCAUGGGCAUCCUGCUAUUGCCCCUGAUCGCCAUCCUUGCUGUGCUGUGGAAGAAGGGAGUUCUACAUUGUCCAAGACUUGGAAAAUCCAACAUUUACAAGAUAUCCUCGAAUAAAUUUGACAGACUGCCAUCUUACCAGAUACCGUCAUACAAACCCACUUCAUUCUACGGGGCUUGACAAGUUACCAAGCUGGAGUGUCUUUGCACAGAAUCAUAACAAUUAAUUUCAAAUACGACGGGGCAUACACAACCACGUACAAUCACAUACACUGCCACGCAUACACACACACUAACAUGCACACACACAGCCACACACACACACUGCCACACACAUACACACUGCCACGCACACACACACACACUACCACACACACUGCCACACACACACACUGCCACGCACACACACUGCCACACACACACUGCAACACACACACUGCCAUGCACACACACACACUGCCACACACACACACUGUAACGCACACAUACACUUCCACACACACACUGCCACGCACACACGCACACACUGCCACACACACACACACUGCUACACACACACUGUAACGCACACAUACACUGCCACACACACACUGCCACGCACACACGCACACACUGCCACACACACACACACUGCCACACACACACACUGCCACACACACAUACACACUGCCACACACACACUGUAACGCACGGGCACACGCCGCAACAGCAACAAUCGCCGUUCGCCACUGUGACAUCACCACGCUGAUUGUGCCAGGCUAGGUGCAUCUUGAGACCACGUGAAGUGUGGAAGGCUCGCUGCUGGCAGGAGGUCACGGUACAGACCCAGGUGUUACGGGAUGACUGACCGUGAUGACUUGCAGAUACACAGCCUGUGCUGCCUACUGUGCGACACUGCACACAAACUCGUGUGUGUGUGUGUGUGCCUGUACUGAUACGAAGCACACACUCAACACUGUCACCCACAUUUUUAAGUUCUGGCCAUAAUAAAUGCUGUAAGUAAAAACAUGUCUGCGUGCGACAUUAAUCAUUGAUAAUUAUCUUUUAAAGCGGACAAAUCUAACUGAUAUUACACUGGGUUGUAUGUAUGUAACGCAUUUAUAUAAAACUCUCAGUUCAAACUUGCAGGAUAUUUUCCUCCAAAUGCUUUAAAAAUCUGUUUAAAACGAAAAUUUGAAAUGUCACGAACAUGUAUUUUCUUUUUCAAUGUUCUGUUAAAAUAUCGCACCUUGAGGGUAGAUUGAGACACGCGUAGCGACCACUCGGUGACGCACACACAGACGUCUCAGCAUGCAGAGGGAUCACUUUGUCAGCUUUAAUACAACCCCCCAACAGUGCCUGUUAUAGCCAAUACAUCAUUUGAGAAAAAAGCACAUUUGGUUUGAAAAAGAAUACGGCGUUAAAGUCGGACCUGUCAAGACACCCCGCGUGUGCCACAAAGGGCCACUCGGGGCUCCGCGCUGCAUUGCACCGGUGGUCACUGAUAGUAUUUAGAUACCAUUCAGUUGCUUUUUGGUUCUUUCGGUAAAGUCACGUAUAAAGAUAAAAUAAUAAAUUAAAUAAUAUUAUUUUUAUUAUUUAUUUUAUCUUUAGACGUGACUUUACCGAAAGAACCAAAGAAUAAUUCCUGCAGUCACGAAAGCUCCAAAUUAAGAUUGAACCAUUCAGUUGAUUUCCCGUUACGAGGGUAAUAAGGGACUGCGCAAUCAGAAUGAAAUGUGCCGAUGUUUGGACCGUAGUGAGAGUUGGAGGCAAUCACCCAACAGUCGCACUCUGGCAGGAGUUUACUUGAGAAGGGAACUUCAAGUGCAGUGAGAUUCCAGCCCCGUGUUGUUUCUGCUUUUCAUCCGAAAUAAAUACCACAACGAGGGCACAUUGUGAACUGUAUCAUUAAGGCCACGUGUAAACAUUCUCAAUAAUAUUAGAAUGUCCGCAGAUGCGAAGAACGUAUAUUUUUGUAUUAAAUGCUGUAUGUUGCCACAGUAUAUGUUGCUAGUCACCGCAUAUCCAUGUCUUCUUUGUUGGUCAUUCAGGAAUGUUGAAGUAAAUCUUUACCUCUUUGUCAGUGGCUGUAGCCCAUAAAUCGCAUGCUGCACUUUAAUUUACUCACGUAAACAUUGGCAUAUGCAAAUAAAAAAUAAUGUUAUGUAUUAGCCUAUGUAAUGUCCAGUAGAACGUAUUGUUGCAAGAACGGUACGCGUGGUAAUAACUAGUUACUCGUUUUCUGUUUACAAUAGCAAUGGUAAUGCCUUAUUUAUGACAUCAUGUAGAUACUGUUUGCACUAAAAUUAUUGUAUAUUUGUUGGAAGAUAUUUGCCAUGGAAAAGUAUGUAACAUGCCGCCGGUGUGUGUAAGACUUUCGACCUUGUAAUAUUUUAAUGAUUGCCAAUAUAUGUAAGUGAUAUAACUACAAAUACAUAUUUUAAAUAUUA